UCUCUCUGCUUUGAAUUGACCUCAAAGCCGUCGAGCAGGAAAUUCUGCUAAACCCGCCAGUGGAGUCAAGUGAAAUAAAGACGGACCUCAUUUUCUCUACCUACUAACACGGUUCACUAUUUGUUUUUGUUUAAAAAAGAGCCAAAAAUGAGUAAAAUCUCGAAGCUUUUCAAGGGAAGCUCUAGUAGCUCGGGUUCUUCCUCCAAGUCCAAACAGCACAGGUCGAAAGGAGGACCGAGUCCGCAGGAGGCGAUCCACAGACUCCGGGAAACCGAGGAAAUGCUGACCAAGAAACAAGAUUAUCUGGAGAAGAAAAUAGAACAAGAAAUAGCCACAGCUAAGAAGCACGGCACAAGAAACAAGAGGGCUGCCCUGCAGGCCCUGAAGAGGAAGAAGCGCUUGGAGCAGCAGCUGACCCAGAUUGAUGGCACGCUGUCCACCAUUGAGUUUCAGAGGGAGGCUCUAGAGAACUCACACACCAACACGGAGGUCCUUAAGAACAUGGGCUUUGCUGCUAAGGCCAUGAAGCAUGCCCACCAAAACAUGGACAUCGACAAGAUUGAUGAUUUGAUGCAGGACAUCACAGAGCAGCAAGACGUGGCUCGGGAAAUCAGUGAGGCGAUUUCAGGGCCGUUCGGCGAGCAGUUUGAUGAGGAUGAGCUGCUUGCAGAGCUGGAGGAGUUGGAGCAGGAGGGCCUGCAGGAAAGCAUGAAGAGUAUGGGAGGAUUGCCGAGCGUUCCUAGCUCCAAACUGCCCUCAUCACAGCCCACUCAUCGUGCAACAACCAAGAAGAGGGCUGAAGAUGACGAUGACAUGCGUAUGCUGGCAUCAUGGGCAACAUGAGUUCAUUAGCAAAAACAAAGUAUCAAUGAACACCUUUACUCCAACUUGUUGCAUUUUCUUUAUACUUCUCAAAAAAUUAUGGUUUUUAGGGAAACUGAGGCAUAUUUUAUUAUUAAAAUUUCUUGUAAUUAAUGAUAUAAGCAAUGAACGUUCAAAACUGAAGGAACAUAACUAUUUUAAGUCGGUUGUUUAUUUCUAAUGUCUUGAUGGAAGAGUGGCUUUUGUGCUGCAUUUUGUCAAAGAAGGAUAUAUGCUUCUAAUCCAUGGGGCUGUUGUUCUGCAGUUUUCUUUUUCUAAGUGCAGCUUUAGCCUAAAUGUAAAUAACUAUUUUUUAUCACUGUCUAACAAUAAAACUGGCUCCUACAAAUUGUGUUAAGUCAUAUGAGAAAUGUUUUCCAGCUAUUGCCCAACAUGAUGGAAAGGAAAAAGCCUCUGGUUGAAUGUACUGCAUCAGCUCAGCAGGAUGUUGUGCAGUGCUGAGCAACUUUUGUAGCUUCCAGCAUUAUACCACAGAACAACUAUAGUAAACCUUUUGAGAAGGUCAUAUUGCACCGUCCUACAUUUUUAAUGUAGAUGUUGUAGUUGUAGAUGUUGUUACUUUUUAUUAGUAUACAGACUAACGUUAACAUCUCAUAUAUCCAUAUUCUAGAAGAAUUGAAUAAUUAUGUCCAAAGUUCAAUCGUAUGAAACAUUACCAUCCAAUUGAACAACAGGCAAGGAGAGUUGUAGAAGCAGCCAAACAGCCCAUUUGAUUCUUUUUUAGAAUAAAAAUUAAAUAUCAUCGACUCACUUAUCAAUGUAACACAACCUUGUGUUCCUCUAUCAAUCUAUUAAAAUCCUGAUAAAGAUAGUUCUGAUUUCUGGCUCAUUUG